GCGAGCUUUGGAUGCGCGGACACGCGGAUGCGGAUUAUCCCGCUACACUGCACCUGACCUCAGCAUCACUACAGCAGCGCUCCAUCACUGGACGUGGAUUUUACAUUUCUUGAACGCAUUUGUGAAUAAUCCGGAUUAUCAUUUAGGGGAGCCCUUUCUUCUGCCUAUAAGAUCAGAAAAAGGCCCACCGUGGCCGUUAACAUGUGGUGGCGAUAUAACCGAAUCACAAAUAUGGAGCAUCUGUGUUUUAAUCCAGGAAGUCUUCUUGAGGGAACCUCAUCAGUCAAGCCUCUCUAACACAGAUUGGGAAAGCUGAGCAUUUGUCCACCUCUCAUCAAAAUAGUGUUUGGAAGUAAUAUUGGUUGCGCUAAACACAAUUUGGAGUAGCACUCCCAUGGCUUUACCUUCUUUGUCCAAGUGCUGGUCACAUAAAGGAUUUGAUGUUUCUUCUAUGGGCUUCCAAUCAUAUAGAAAACUCAAUUGAGGAAUUUGUUUUGUUUAUUGUUUGAGAAACCCUGGUUAUUGCAUAAUCUUGUUACAAUGCCUCCCCUUUCUCAGCCCCAUUGUGUACUAUUGCUGCUCAGCACCGUCCUGAGUCUCGGUUUGGGCCUAGAAUUCACAGGCUCGGAGGGUCAGUGGGCGCGUUAUCUUCGCUGGGAUGCCAGCACCAGAAGUGACCUCAACUUUCAGUUCAAAACAGCUAUAUCAAACGCUCUGGUUCUCUACUUUGACGAUGGAGGAUACUGCGACUUCUUGCUCGUGACGGUCGACGAAGGCAAGCUGAAGUUGCGUUUUAGCGUGGACUGCGCAGAAACGACAAUAACCUCCGACAAGUUGGUCAACGACAGCCGCUGGCACUUCGCCACCAUCAGCAGACACAAUUUGCGAACAGCGCUGGCAGUAGACGGGGAUUCCAAAACGGAUGAAGUGAAACCGCAGAGGCAGUUUAUGAAGAUCGUCAGCGACCUGUACGUUGGAGGAGUGCCCCAGGACAUCCGGACAUCUGCUCUAACGCUACCGUCAGUUAAGGAGAUCACACCGUUCAAGGGGAUUAUUACGGACCUGGGUUACGGGAAUCAGGUUCCAACACGUUUGGGAAGCCACAAAGUUCGGUUAGAGAUGGAGGGCUUGUGUACGGAGAAUCCCUGUGAAAAUGGAGGCAGCUGCACAAUGGCUGAUGGUGAACCUUACUGUGACUGCUCCAAAACAGGGUAUGCAGGCCGUUACUGCAAUGAAGCUGUCAACCAAACUCCUGGGUUCGCGCAUAUGGUGAAGUCUCCACAAGGCCGUAAUAAAGCACGCGAGGAGAAUGUGGCGACAUUCAGGGGUUCGGAGUACUUCUGCUACGACUUAUCUCAAAAUCCCAUCCAGAGUAGCAGUGAUGAGAUCACCCUGGCUUUUAAAACCUGGCAACGCAACGGUCUCAUCCUGCACACAGGCAAGUCGGCUGACUACGUCAACCUCGCGUUGAAGGACGGUGCUGUUUCGUUGGUCAUCAACCUGGGCUCGGGAGCCUUCGAGGCUAUAGUUGAGCCUGUCAAUGGAAAGUUCAAUGACAACGCCUGGCAUGACAUCAAAGUGACCCGCAACCUGAGACAGCACUCAGGCAUUGGACACGCUAUGGUUACUAUAUCGGUGGAUGGUAUACUGACCACCACAGGAUACACACAGGAGGAUUACACCAUGCUAGGCUCUGAUGAUUUCUUCUACGUGGGGGGAAGCCCGAGCACAGCCGACCUGCCUGGAUCUCCAGUCAGCAAUAAUUUCAUGGGCUGUCUGAAAGAGGUGGUGUACAAAAACAAUGACAUACGACUGGAACUUUCUCGCCUGGCCCGCAUCGCAGACCCCAAGAUGAAGCUCCAGGGGGACGUGGUGUUUAAAUGCGAGAAUGUCCCCACCCUAGAUCCAAUUUCCUUUGAGACACCAGAGUCCUUUCUCAGCCUGCCCAAGUGGAACACCAAGCGUGUGGGUUCAAUCUCCUUUGACUUCCGCUCUUCUGAACCCAAUGGACUCAUCCUCUUCACGCAAGGGAAACCGCAGGACAAGAAAGACCCUCGCAGUCAGAGAAGCAACAAAGUGGACUUCUUCGCUGUCGAGCUUUUUGACGGAAACCUUUAUCUUCUGUUAGACAUGGGAUCGGGAACCAUUAAAGUCAAAGCCACACAGAGUAAGGUCAAUGAUGGAGCGUGGCAUCACGUAGACAUCCAGCGAGAUGGAAGAUCGGGUAUCAUCUCGGUGAACAGCCGUCGGACUCAGUUUGCUGCCAGCGGAGAGAAUGAGAUUUUAGACCUGGAGGGCGACCUGUAUCUCGGAGGUCUCCCGGACAACCGGGUCGGCUUGAUUCUUCCCACUGAACUUUGGACGGCUAUGCUCAACUAUGGCUACGUGGGCUGCAUCCGCGAUCUGUUUAUUGAUGGGCGCAGCAAGGACAUCAAGCAGAUCGCUGAGGCCCAGAACAGAGUUGGUAUCAAGUCAUCCUGCAGCAAAGUAACAGGCAAACAGUGCGACAGCAACCCCUGCAAGCACAACGGCAUCUGCAAGGAGGGAUGGAAUCGCUUUAUCUGUGACUGCACCGGAACCGGGUACUGGGAUCGGACUUGCGAGAGAGAGGCGUCUAUCCUGAGCUAUGACGGCAGUAUGUAUAUGAAGGUGGUGAUGCCCACAGUGAUACAUACGGAAGCAGAGGACGUGUCUCUGCGUUUUAUGUCUCAGCGUGCCUUUGGUCUGUUGAUGGCUGCAACAUCACGUGAGUCUGCGGACACGUUACGACUAGAGCUGGACAGCGGGCGCAUCAAACUGACCGUCAACUUAGAUUGUGGCAGGAUAAACUGUAAUGCCAGUAAAGGGCCAGAGACGUUGUAUGCAGGUCAGAAGCUGAACGACAACGACUGGCACACGGUCCGGGUGACACGGCGCGCUAAAACCCUCAAACUCAUUGUGGAUGAUGAUGUUGCUGAAGGUCAGAUGAAUGGCGACCACACUCGGCUGGAGUUCAGUAACGUCGAGACCGGUAUCCUGACCGAGCGGCGCUUCGCCUCCACUGCUCCGUCCAACUUCAUCGGCCACCUGCAAGGCCUGAAAUUCAAUGGCCUUCUUUACAUCGACAUGUGCAAGAACGGCGAUAUCGAGUUCUGCGAGCUCAACGCUCGCUUCGGCAUGCGCUCCAUCGUGGCCGAUCCCGUCACCUUCAAGACCAAAGGAAGCUACCUGGGUCUGACUACGCUCCAGGCUUACAGCACCAUGCACCUUUUCUUCCAGUUCAAAACCACCUCGGGUGACGGUUUCAUUCUCUUUAAUAGCGGAGACGGGAAUGAUUUCAUUGCCGUUGAACUUGUCAAAGGGUAUAUCCACUACGUGUUCAACUUGGGAGACGGACCGAGCCUUCUGAAAGGGAACAGCGACAGUCCUCUCAAUGACAACCAGUGGCACAAUGUUGUGAUCACACGAGAUGCCAGCAACACACACAUGCUAAAGGUGGACGCCAAAUCUGUCAGUCAGGUGGUCAACGGAGCGAAAAAUCUGGACUUGAAAGGUGACUUAUUUGUGGCCGGUCUCGGACCCAACAUGUACCAGAACCUGCCAAAGUUGGUGGUAUCUCGUGAGGGUUUCCAGGGCUGCUUGGCUUCUAUGGAUCUCAAUGGGCGCUUGCCGGACCUUAUCAAUGACGCUCUAUUCCGAAGCGGGCCGAUCGAACGUGGAUGUGAAGUUGGUUUCACCAAAGCUGACCUGCAAGGUCCCAGCACUACAUGUCAGGAGGACUCGUGUGCCAACAUGGGCGUGUGCAUCCAGCAGUGGGAGAACUUCACCUGUGACUGCUCCAUGACAUCAUACUCCGGCACCCAGUGCAACGACCCUGGAGCGAUGUACAUAUUUGGAAAAGGCGGAGGACUUAUCACAUACACAUGGCCCAAUAAUGAGAGACCGAGCACUCGAACCGAUAGACUGGCAGUGGGCUUCAGCACCACCAUUAAGGAUGGGAUUCUGGUUCGCAUCGACAGCGCUCCCAGACUCGGAGACUACAUUAUGCUUCAUAUCGAAGAAGGAAAGGUGUGCGUAACGUUCAAUAUCGGCACCGUGGACAUCAGCGUCAAAGAGAUGACCACAGACAUCAACGAUGGGAAAUAUCAUGUGGUGCGUUUUACAAGGAAUGGUGGGAACGCCACCUUACAGGUGGACAACUGGCCAAUCAACGAGCACUUUCCAUCAGGCAACAGCGACAUUGAGCGUUAUCAAAUGGCUAAUAAGAAAAUCCCGUUCAAAUAUACCCGGCCGGUCGAAGAUUGGCUACAUGAGAAAGGUCGUCAGCUGACGAUUUUUAACACCCAAGCCGCCAUCUCGAUAGGCGGUAAUGACCGAAAGCGGCCGUAUCAAGGCCAGCUCUCGGGUCUCUAUUACAACGGCCUGAAGGUUCUCAACAUGGCAGCUGAAGGUCACGCCAACAUCAAGAUAAACGGCAGCGUGAGGUUGGUGGGGGACGUGCCCACUAGCAGAAGCCCGUCACGCACCACCACCUCCAUGCCCCCGGAGAUGUCCACCACCUUCAUCGAGACCACCACCACCCUGUCAACCACCACCACUCGGAAACAGCGCUCACCACCAACUAUUCAGACGACGGAUGACAUCGUGUCCUCGGCAGAAUGUUCCAGUGACGACGAGGACCUGGAGGAGUGUGACGGCGGACACACAGGAGGGGAGUUAGUCAUCCCCAUUCUAGUCGAGGAUCCCAUUGACAUCCCCCCUGUUUCCACUCGAGCCCCUUUCAUCCCUCUCCCCCCAACCUUACACCCCGUCCUCACCAUUAUUGAUACCACCAAAGAGUCCCUGUCAAUUGCCACCGAUGCGGGGGUACCUUGCUUGUCGGACCGAGGCAGCGAUGAUUGUGAUGAUGAUGAUGGUGAUGAUGAUGAUGGUGGUGAUGGCUUGGUGAUAUCGGGGUUUGGCUCAGGGGAGGCCUUCGACUCUAGCCUCCCCCCGACUGACGAUGAAGAUUUUUACACCACCUUCUCCCUGGUAACAGAUAAGAUCUUGACCACGUCGACCUACGAAGGUGGCUACAAAGCUCUCGCGCCCAAGUGGGAAGUAAAGGACUUUAAGCCUAGCAAGGCCUCUGAGGCGGGCAGGACUACGGCCGUUCCCCCUCUGCCUGACCUCAGAAGCUCAGCGUCGUCGCCCGAGGCCGCUCCUAAAAUCCCAGCCGGGAAAAUGAACAACCGUGAGAUCAAACCCCAACCGGACGUAGUGUUGCUACCGCUGCCCACGUCUUACGACUCGGACGGCACCAAACCCAGAGGGCCGUACGUCACCCAGCCCAUGCUGCGCAAUAUCCCCAGCGCCCUGCCCACUGUGCCGGUCAUCAGGAGAGUGCCCGCCGGUGCCUCGGAGGUGAUACGCGAGUCCAGCAGCACUACGGGGAUGGUGGUCGGCAUCGUCUCCGCCGCCGCCCUUUGCAUCCUCAUUCUCCUCUAUGCCAUGUACAAAUACAGGAACAGGGACGAGGGCUCCUAUCAAGUAGACGAAACCAGGAACUACAUCAGCAAUUCGGCACAGAACAACGGUACGGUAGUGAAAGACAAACAGCCCAGCACGAAGGCUGCCAGUAACAAGAGACCAAAAGAUAAGGACAAGGAAUACUACGUAUAAAACAAACAAAAAAAAAACGUUUCGGACAGAGAACAGUAAUUUUACGCUGAAAAUCCUUUAAAGAACUUGAUCACGUCGAGUAAAAAUGAACCCAUUUCCGUGUUCAGUGACUUCUGUAAGCACACUUUAAACGGGAAGCGGAUGGAGAAGGCAAGAAGGACUUCGGGACCUCAAUGCCGUACUUUCUGUCUGGUUGUGGGACAAUAACGCCGGUGUAAAAUAUCUCAUUGUUACAUUGUUAUCCCUCAAGUGACUUUGAGGUAUGAAAAUCUGUGGUGUAAAACAUGAAAGAAAAAACAAAGCAACCCCUGUCCAUUGUAAUCCUGUACAAAAUAACAAUGAUCAUAGGUCAUGAUUUUGGGCAUGCAUGUGACGUGUGUGAUGUAGUACUGAUAUCUUUGCAAAGAAGAGAAACCGAACGAGUCGUGGAGAUGCAAAGUGGAAAGAUUUGCCAUAAAACAGUACUCUUCUAGCCCACAAUGGAUGAGAAAUGUACCAUUAGUACAAAUGGUGUUUUUUUAUGUGUUGGAUUAUGUGUUACAGGGGUUUAAAGUGGAACGUUUUCUAUUUUUUAUUAGCAUUCCUUCUGUUAACACACUCGUUUUUCCUUUACUUUUACUUCUUUGUCCUCUUCUCCAUUGGUGUCUGACAGAUGCGCUUUAACAUUCAUCUUCUGAAUGAGCUCUACUACGUGUAGCCAGAUUCACAUGAAAACGUCUUUUACGAAUGAAAAACGAGAGAUUAUACAGUGCAUUAAAUGCAGGAUUUCCUUUCGGUCGUGACCGCUUGAGUUAUUUUCUACGCACGCACACCUCACAUGAUAUGGAGCAACUGUGAGCGAAGCGAUCUUGUGUGUUUUACGGAGGGCUGGAAUACAAAUUUGAAUUUAUUUGCAGAUGUCCAAUGUGAACAAGUGUACAUUUCAUGUUGUCACAGUCAACUGUGUCAAACAAUAAAUAUGUUUACAUAUUUUGUUACAUCAUAGCUGUGGUACUUUGUAGCUCAUCAUUGUACAUACUGUAAGUUCAUUUUCAGAUUUUCAUACUCUUCCUACAAAUUCAACACUUAGUUUAAUCUGUUGUUUGAAUGUACACUGGGGUUCAAAAAGAUGAGGUUUGAAAUCUAAUUUCAGCCUGCGAUAAACAACUUUGUAAAAGUAUUGAAACAUUGUGACAUAAAUGUAUAAUAUCAGAAUCAGAAUGAGGUUUAUUCGCCAAGUGUGCACACACAAACAAGACAUUUAGAUUCUGGGCUAUUUCUUGCCUUCUGUUAGAUUUUUUUUUUUUAUAUUUACCGCAGCUGUCACUGGGACAGUAUCCUUUAAAAUUAUGUACAGAUAUGUAUCUUUGAGGCUGUUUACACUUGGCAUUAACAUGCGUUUCCGUCGAUCGGAUCACAAGUGGACGACGUUAAUGCCAGGUGUAAACGGUGUUCAAAACUUUUUGAACGCGUCCACUUUCGACCACUUUCAACCACAUUCAGAUGUGGUCGAAACCCCUUUCGAUCGGAUUGCUUUGGAGUUGCGGAACGCAUAUGUGGUUGAAUGUGUUUGAACAGCCACACGCGACUGCCUUCUCUCCGCCCAUUUAUCUAAUCUGAGGAUUUAAACACAAGUUUACGUCUUUUUUUGACUUCUGGCGUUAACAUACGGUGAACAGCGCUAUUUUUAGCCUUUCAUUGAUAAAACUACUGCGGGUGUUCUCCGUAGUUUCGUUUUGAAAGCGUUUUGAAAGUUGUGCGAUCCUAUUUCAUCAAUUGCGCUGAAAAUUCAGAGAAAGCUCUAACAUAUACACCUAAAAAACUCUGUGCAGCAUGUUUACUUGCUAAACAAGCAGUGGACUCUGACAUAAUAUUAGUUUGCGUCCAUAUAAACUCAUCAUUACUCCCGCUCGCGUUUAAAUGACAGCAGAACGACUCGCCCACCGUCUCGACAGACCACCCCCUCACAGUAUUCAGAACAUAAGCGGUCGAAAGUGGACAAAAGAGACGGAUUUAAAUACCAGGUGUAAACGUGAUGUGUUUCUCUCGUCCACUUGUGAUCCAAUCGAUGAAAACACAUUGUAAUACCAAGUGUAAACAGCCCCUUUAAGAUACUAAUAUGUUUCUUUGAUCAACUAAUCAGUAGAUAUAUCGGCCAAUAAUUGGUAUCUGAUGAUAAAAGCCAUUUUUCUCACAAUCGGACGAUAAUUAAAAAACAGCCAAUAAUACUGCUGGGCGGUGGCCAAAAUAAUUCUCACAAUUUUUUCCCCCGAAUCAGCCGAUAUCGAUAAUUAUCAUGAUAAAUGAUAGAUUUAAAGGCAGAUUUUUGUUCCUGAAUGAAAGUUCAAAGAACAUGACAAUUACUUUCCAAACAUCAGUUGAGGUAGAAUACAGAUUAGAAUAUUAGUAUUAAAAUCAAUGUAGUCUUAAUGCCCUUGCUGCUAGUGCCUGCAUCAAAAAUAUUGCAUUCCUUUUUUCUGUGCACAGCAUUUAGUUUUGCAAUUACAAGCUGCACUGCUUCUAAAUGAAUAUCUUGCCCCAUCGUGACUACAUGCAGACAUGCAGUCAUUUCUAUGUUUUCUAAUGCUGAGUUUACACCAAACGCGGUUUGGGCGUCAAAAUCGCGUCUACCGCGCGUGGUUUGCCGCUUGAACAAUUUGAAUGCAUUCGCGCGUGUAGAGUGAAGUAGACGCACGGAAAAAGCAAGCAUUUGACGCGCGUCCGAAGCAAAAUCCGCUUCUUGUGGGAGGGGCAACUGCUGUGCGAGUGUCUGUUUGCAAGAUGACUGAUGUUACUUGUGGAUUUAUCAAGAGAGUUACCAGUUUUGUAUUGGGUAACCUUACUAUGGGGAAAAAUAAACGGCGCGGGUAGAUAAACGUCACGUGACUCAAAAGUGAAGCGUGUAUUACAACUUACCAAGUUGCCCAAAGUCCUUACUGACACUCUUCCAAGCGAGGUCCUUUUUAUUCCUGUCUCCACUAUAGAAAUAACAACUUGUGUCAUAUAGCUUCGAGUGACUGCUUGAGUGAGUGACUCCGGGCGGGGCUGCCACCACAGCAGCAAGCAGGCUCCUGAUUGGUUAACGCGGCGCGAAAUUCCGCCAAAGUUCAAAUUUUUCAACUCGGGCGUCAGCCGCAAAUUCGCGUGAACCGCAAGAUGCACAAAAAGCACAAUUCGCGCUUACCGCGCGUACCGCGCACAACGCUCAAUUCGCGCCUUUCGCCCGAGCUUCACACGCGAAAGAGGCGGAAACGCGUCUUCCGCGCCGCGCCGAACGCCUCUUCCGCGGCGCGGGACCUCCUGACGCGCGUCAACGCGUCUUCACAUUGACUUAACAUUGAAAUCACUCGCGCUUCACGCCCUUACCGCGGUUGGUGUAAAUGCAGCAUAAGAGUGCCUUGUUUUAUUUACUGUUGGUUAUUAGGUUACCAAUACCACCAUCAGUUGCACGAAUAACUUGAUGGAAAUGCACCUAAUUCUUCUUUUUUGCAAAUUUCGAAAAGAUUCGCUUCACAUUUAGAUGAAAACCAAGCUAAAUUUUUCUAACUCCACUCCUCCAAAUCUAAUGGUGCUUUUCCAUUGCAUAGUACCCCACGGUUUAGGUUGGGUGAGCUCACCUCACUUUAGCUUUGGUCAGCUUUUUCAUCGAGUUUAGUAACACUUCGCAGUGGGAGGGAUUAUAGGUGUGACGUUAUUUGCGCUGCCUACUGCUGUGAGAGCAUCAUACAAGUGAGAGCGUCGUUGUACACUACCAUACAUUAAUUUAUUUCUCAGUCCGCCACAAAAUUUAAAUUGACCACCACAAAUAGGUGUUUGCACAUGGCGUUUAUCACUACCUCUGUCUCACAUGACAGUUUCUGUACAAACACAGAAAAGUAUCGGGGUCAGUCGACGUGCUCCGCAGAGCCUCAUUUAAGUUGCUUUAAAGCAUAUAUGCAGACGUGCGCGUUGCGAAUGUGCCGCCACAAACUGCAAGUCUGAAAAAAACUUAUGGUUUUCCUGAUUCUCAACCUGUGGAUGUUUUUCAUCGCUAAAAGGGAGUUUGGGAACUUAUAGCAGAUCACAAAUGACAGCAGGUUUACUCAAGAUGCAAAGGUAAAGCUAAUCUUUUACAUUAUAGUGUAGCGAUGACGCUGGUAUUGACGAUUCUCUCAGACCAAUCAGUGAUCUACGUGUUUUCACAACAUGUCUUGGUAUCAACCCGGAUUGCUUGGAACCCCAGCCGAGGUGGUACUAAAAAACAGUAUCGGGUACUACGUACCGCACCCAAUGGAAAAGCCCCCAAAGUAAGAUGACCCGACCCAAACCGUGGGGUACUAUGCAAUGGAAAAGUGCCAUAACUGAGUGAGUGACACUGUGAUUGUAAACCAAGCCCGCUUGUGGCAUCCGGAAGUGCAGUCUCCAAAAUGCCUGUAAGGCAUUACGCAAGCAUUAUCCAUCACUUUCCUCAUUACCAGUUUUUAUGGGGGAAAUUAUAUUGUGAAUAUUAUCCUGAAUUAUCGCCCCGGCACUAAUUGAUAGUCAUAGGCAAUAUAUCCUGUCAAUCAAGUUAAGUGCAAUAAAUUUGAGCUCUGUGUAGAAAAUGCAAAGAAACAUGACUAGUUUAAUGUUCAAUAUUAAUCAUUACAGUACAUGAAUGAAUAACAUUAAAAAAAGGAAACUUCAGAAAUGUAGUUAAUGCAAAGUAAUAUAAGCACCAAACCAUUAGUAUCGUUCAAAAUCAGUCUGAAUAAUCGGUAUAGGUGGGGAAAUGUUUAUAUCGGCGCCCCAGAAAAUUUUAAAAGGGUUCCUUCCCAGUGACAGCUGGGGUACAUAUUUAGGGUUUUUUCUGACAGUGUACCUGCCUACUUGGGUUUUCUUCAGCCGAAGUUGUUGAAAUCUGACUCUGUGUGACAUAAUAGCUACGUUUCCAUUUCCCUCCAAAUUGCGCAAAUUGCGAAUUGAAAAUAAACCCAAUAGAAGCACAGCAUUCGCAUAAACUCCCAUACAUGCGGGCAUUGGAACCAUUAUAUGUGGGUGGGACAAGACACACACACUUUUUAAGACCAAUGAUAUCAGACCCACAGACUUUUUUCUCUAAUUUAGCGCUUAUGUCUGUUUACUUGUCAGAGCGCCGUCAGUCAUAUUCAUUUCACUAAAGCAGGUAUCUCCAACCCUGCUCAUAGAGAGCUACUGUCCUGCAGACUUCAGUUUCAACCAUCACUCCAACACACACCUCUCUGUUAUUAUCAAGCAACCCUGAAAACCUGGAUUAGCUUAAAAAUCCAUUUCUUUUUUUCUCUACACACUCAGAAAUAAAGGUACAAAAGUUGUCACUGGGACAGUACCCUUUCAAAAAGGUACAACUUUAUACCCAAAAAGUGCAUAUUAGUACUUCAAAGGUACAUAUUGGCAGUUCAAGGAUACAUAUUUGUAACUAAAUGGUACAUAUUAGGACCUUUUUUAAAGGGUACUGCCCCAGUGACAGCAUUGUACCUUUAUUUUUGACAGUGUACUUUCGCCUGCUGAAAUCCCACAAGCCGCGACACAACACGGUAAACAAAUCUUUUCGACUAUAGAAGCAGUUGUUUAAUCAAAAGGCACCAGAAUACAAGAAAAUGGCAUCUACUCCAGUAAAUGUUUUAGACGCACCCAAUUUUUUUAUCGCAAAAAAAACGUUUACGCUCUGGUAAGGUUGUUUUUAGGCAAUUCGAAAAAUAAUUUGCAUUUAUUGGUCCUAUGACGUUCGUAAAAGUCACAUGAUCAUUAUUUAAAUAUGGCGUGGCAUGUUUGACUGGAGGACAAUAUCGAAGAGCGGUGUGUGACUUCAUUUGGCAUCACGAGAACUGAAAAGCGUAUAACAUUAAAAUACCAUGAGAGUGAUUACAGAGUCGACUUUCGAGUCGCUGGUACGGUAUUGUCAUCCGCAUGUCGUUCUGCGUGGUGCCGGAUGAAGCCGAACACACCCAUUGCCAUGGUUUUUAUCGUGAGACAACGUCAUUUCACAAUAGUUUUUGUAAACAUUAAGAAAAUAUCGCUAAAGAUUUGCGCAAAUCUUUAAUGAAAAAUCUGUUUCUCUAUAUUGUGGUUAGGCUUAGGUGUGGGCUUUAUGGAUAACGACCAAUCAGAUAGUAGCCUCUAAUGUAUGAACCAAUCAGAAACAGUUCAGUCAUACGUCAAAUGAUGAUAAAUACAUAAAUCUAUAAUUAUUUAAAAUCCAAACAAAUAUAACGAAAAGAUAGUUGGCGAGAACGACGGGUAGCUUUAUGAUUAUCUGUAGCACAGCCUCUGCAUAGUUCAUCAUGUUAAUGACCAACAAAUUAAUACAGAAGUAAUGAAAUGAUUUGUUAAAUGGAAAAUUAACAAAGUGCACAUUAUGACCGUCAUCAACUUUUUUAUGACAGAAAUUCUUGUCCACCUUCUUGUCACACACACACACACAACACAAAACCUUGGAGAGUUAUGCUUAUCUGGUCACAUACAAGCCCUGGCAGGAACCAACCAUUUUUUUCUUAAUCGUUUAAACAGUGCAAGGAAACCAUUUACACGUCUCCAAACGCAGCUUUCUGCAAAUCUCUGGAAUAAGCCGUUUUCUUAAAUGCAUAUAAGCGUAAUCCAUACCAACUGGAGUUCAUGCUGUCAAUAAUGCAAAAGGAAACAGACCAUAUAAUAAAAAAAUCCUUUUCACUCAAAUUGUAAUCAACAUAAUGUCAUUUCUUUCUGGUAAACCGAAUAAUUUCUUCUAGUGCCCUCAGACUUUUGGACCCCAUUGUAUCUGCAUAAAGUCUUAUGAAAGAGUAUUAUUCAGUCAUUAGGGGUUUUGUAUGAGAAGACGUCAAACUGUUUGCCCUGCACACUUGCAUUAGGGCUCCGUGUUACUGGUUGUUUUACUACAGGUUCUUGUUUUCUAUUUAAACAAGGUUACAAGAGCUCAUAUGAUAAACGUUUCACACUGCUGCCACAAUUUUGGAGUUUAAGAUGUUUUGUUUUAUUCUGUGUAUUUAUCAUUUUUCAUCAUGUCCCGCUGUUAUUGUGCGCUCUUUAGGUUUGUCGAUUUAUGAGCAUCUGUGCUGGCAGUAGUUGGGAUUUGUCAUCUUUUCUAUCCGUGUCUAUUUAUUGUUUUGUUAUCAGAGCACUCACAGAGAAUUGUGUGCCGUCAUUUUGUUUCUUCAGUUACUGUUUUCACUCUUGACUUUCAGCUAUGUCCAGCAAUAAAAUGUUCCCAAUCAUU